AUGGCAGACACAGGUUGGAAAAACCAAACGACCAUCACAGAAUUGAUCCUUCUGGGAUUCGGGGAUCUCCCUGACCUUCAAAUUCUUCUUUUUCUAAUGUUCCUACUGAUCUAUAUUGCAACCGUGGCUGGGAACACUCUCAUCGUGGUGCUUGUUGUGACAGAUCAGCACCUUCACACCCCCAUGUACUUCUUCCUGGGCAACUUGUCCUACUUGGAGACCUGCUAUACCUCGGCAUUCCUGCCCAGGUUACUGGCCAGUCUCCUGACUGGGGACAGAACCAUCUCAGUCAAUGGCUGCAUCACACAACUGUAUUUCUCUGGUUCUCUGGCUGCUACGGAAUGCUAUCUCCUAGCAGCGAUGUCCUAUGAUCGGUAUUUAGCGAUAUGUAAACCCCUGCACUAUUCAACUCUUAUGAAUAACAGGUUUCGCCUCCAGCUGGCUGCUGGGUCAUGGUUAAAUGGUUGUUUGGCCAGUACAGUCUUUAUAUUAUUCAUAUCACAGCUAAUAUUCUGUGGCCCAAAUGAAAUUGACCAUUUCUAUUGUGAUCCCAUCCCACUGAUGGAACUCUCCUGCAGUGACAUACACCUGAGCAUAUUGGUGGAUUUCAUAAUAGUCUCCGUAUUCACCCUGCCUCCAUUCCUACUAACCCUGACUUCCUACGUGUUUAUCCUUGCCAGUACCCUGAGAAUCCCUUCCACCACUGGGAGACAAAAGGCCUUUUACACCUGCUCCUCUCACCUCACUGUGGUGACAAUUUUCUAUGGAACCAUAUUCAUUGUCUACAUGCUACCGAAAGGUGAUACACUCAGAGAUCUGAAGAAAGUGCUCUCUCUUUGCUUCACGGUCCUAACUCCCCUGGUAAACCCCCUCAUCUACAGUUUGAGAAACAGAGAGGUCAAGGAAGCCUUGAGGAAAGCAGUCAGUAAAUGCGGCUUUCACAAAAAAAAAACAUGUAGAGACUCUAAGAUAAUAAUUUAG